UUGAGCUUAAAUUUAUCUCAUCGGCAGCGCUCCAACUCUCUCUCAAAAAAGACACCGAAUAUCUGUUGCAUGCAAAUCGCGAAAUUGAAUGCUGAACCACUACAUGAUAAUCCAAUUAGCCUAAUUGCCACUUUCUCAUCUCAUCUCAUCAAAUCACUGUAACUUCACUCUUCGCGUAUGUAUAUUCAUGUUAAUGCUCCAGAUUUUUACUAGAAAAAGUUAACAUCCUUGGAUAAUUUACUUUCAUGAAUCACUUUUUUGAUGUUUUGAUCUAGAGCAUUUUUUAAUUACUCGAUGAAAUGAUCGAUUAUGCUGUAUAUUGAUUUUUUUUUUGAUCAAUUUUUAUUUUGUUUUUGGAUUCUGAGUGGUUUGCUCUAGUUGAACAGCUUCACGUAAUGAGCCUUGCAAAACUUUAUUUUAUCCAUCCCAAGUAAAUAUCCCUCCAUCCCAAUUUAUGUAACACCUGUUUCUUUCUAGUUUAGAAACAACUUAACUUUAAAAUUUCCCGAAAUGAUUUAUAAUCAUACAAAUGUCUAAAGUUUGUUUUAGACCACAAAAUUUCAAAAGUACAUUCUCUCAAGUGAUGUUUAGCUUGAAUAGAAAGUAUUUUCUUCUUUAAUUCACUUGUUGUUCCUCUAUCUUUUCUGGAGGUUGUUGGCAGGAAAGAUGAUUGACCCCGAGUUUGAUUGAAGGAGAUACUUCCACUUUUGAUUAGAGAGAAAUAUGGCCUGUCCAAAUGGAUAUAAGAACUAAUAAUAUUGGAACAGUUAUGGAGAAAUUUCUCGAGAUAAGAAUGAAACAACUAGCGAGCUAGUGACAGUUGGUUUUAGAAGAUUUUGGGAAUUGAGAGAAGUAUUAAAGGAUACAAGGGGAAGAAGUAGUUAUCUUAGGAAAUUGGCUAGAUGUAGAACCAAAUUCAAACUAAGUGUAGUACUCCCUCCGUCCCAAUUCAUGUGACACUCUUUCCUUUUUAGUCUGUCCCAAAAAGAAUGACAUCUUUCCAUAUUUAGUAACAAUUUAACUUCAAACUUCUCAUUCUAUCCUUAAUGAAAUGAUUUAUAGCCACAAAAAUUUCUAUGGCUUAUUUUAGAUUACAAAUUUCAAAAGUCUUUCUUUUUUGUUAAAGUCCGUGUGCAGUCAAACACCUUCACGUAACUUGGGCAGAGGGAGUAAUAAAGUUUGAAAGUUGAUUCUGCCAAUGACUCGCCUCGACGUCCUAUGACGAAAUCAUAUGCUAGAGAGCUUCAAGAGCAGUUAGUCAGGCUAGAAGUGUGUUCUGCUUGAAAAAUGAACUAAAAGACUUUGAAAUGCCUUUUAAACAUUUUAAUGUGCUUGUGACAUUGUCCGAAAGAAAAUUCGGAGUCAGUUUGGACCCAACAAGCAGCUAAAAACAGAAUUCAGGCUCAAAUGCUGAGCCAGUCUGUCUGCACACUGAGCUACGUCGCAGAAGAACUGUAGAAGGUGCAAGUCAGUGCGAUUUGCUUGUGUUUACUGUGCUGCACUGGACUCUGUUUCAACAAUUUUUUUUGUUGCUUUUGCCAACAAAUCCUUAGAAGAUUUCGAGUAUAGUAAUACCCGAUAUGGGGAUGUCAUUGACGGAAGCAAUAUCUAACUUUAAAUACGGGGCUUGCAAUUGAAACUAAUGGAAAAAACAACUCAUAAUGUGAUUUAAAAAAAUUGUUGUUUAGCCAAACUAACGCAAUAAUCAAUAUUUGAUACUAAACACCUUGUUAUCAUCAUUGUGGAUGGCCUCAAUUAUGGGCCUAAAGUAUGUUAGUGAAUUAGAGUGCUAUGCUACAACUGAGUAUUCAUAUGCUAUGAAUGAAAAAAAGUUAGAGAUGUAAUGGAUAGGGGCGGAGCCAAAUGGUGGCUAGGGUGUUCGCCCGAACCCCCUUCGGCGAAAAAUGACCAUGUAUACACAAGGUUAAAAUUAUAUUUUAUGUAUAAAUAGUAGAUGUUGAACCCCCUUGGCUUUCUCGUUUCUUACUCUUUUAUAUUUUUGAACCCCCUUAGUGAAAAUCCUGGCUCCGCCACUGGUAAUGAGAACCAUUUUCUUGAAUUUGAAGUAUAGUUUCUCAAAUAGGAGGUUAGGUUUUUCUUAGUUACAAUUUGAUGCAUUCGUUCCCAUCUAUGUUUAUUCGUUCUCUUCUUCAUCUUUUGAGCCGAGGGUCUUUCGGAAACAGCCGUCCUACCUUGGUAGGAGUAAGGUCUGCAUACACUCUACCCUCCCCAGACCCCACGUUGUGGGAUUUCACUGGGUUGUUGUUGUUCUUCUUCUUCUUCUUCAUCUGGCUAAAUAUUCACAUCUUUUAGUUGACACAUCUGAUUUUAUUCUCUAUGUUGAGGCCUUGAGGAUAACAUAAGUGUGCAUGUUGGCAGAGCUCUACUUAUACUCCUGCAUUUGGUGAAAGCACAGUAAGUUGGUUUUACGCUAGAUUUUCACUUUGAAAGCACAGUAAGUUGGUUUUACACUAGAUUUUCACUUUGUCCCUAGUAGCAUAUAGGCACAAAAUGGCCACUGUAUGUAUUUGCAUUGGCUUCUUGGUAGUUGGUCUUUCUGAGCAGGUUUUUGAGGUUGCAUUUUCCUUGCACAACCGCUUAGUGGAUAAGUCCAUUCUAUACAACCGAUUGAAUUGUGUUAUUGUUUCUUCGACACUUAGGUUUGAGGGUGAACUUAGGUGCUUAAGUCAUCGCACUCAUUCACUCUGCUACUUCAAUCUAUUUUUGGAAGUCUUAUGGAUGCUCCUUCCAACAGUCCACAUCUACGGAAACCAGGAAGCCGAGCGGUUGUUUCUGAUUUUGGUACAUUAGAACCUGGUAGUGCUUUUGAAGAAGCCCUUUUGCAUAGCAUAGAAUUCAAUGAAACGAAGGAUGUCAGUGCACCAUCGAGCACUAUGGACAUAAUGCCAUCUACUGUUCUGCUAUGGAGAUUUAAGGUGUUUCUGUUUCUCAUCUGGGGUGUUAGUUGUUGCAAGAUUAGCUGGGAUUCAGUCAUGAGGAUGAGUGUAAACCUCCGUGAUCUGUUCCUGUAUGAGGCUUUUCUUUAUUACAAUCCUUUGCUACUUGUGUGUGCUACCUGGAUGACCAUCGUCGUGCCAACUAGCAUGACAACCUAUCUGUAUCUCUACUCAAAUGGAGAAGUUACGUUGGCUGCAUCUCAACCAGUGCUUCUAUAUGCUGCUUUCGCCAUGGCUCUGAUAUUUCCCUUUGAUAUUUUCUAUUUAUCAUCUCGCUACUUUUUGUUAAGAACACUUUGGAGGAUAGCUUUUCCGCUGCAGGCAAUAGCGUUUGCUGACUUCUUCCUGGCUGAUAUAUUAACUUCCAUGUCAAAGGUAUUUUCAGAUUUGGAGCGUUCAGUUUGUAGAAUGGUUCAUCGACAGGUUGCUACCAUUGCAUGGUUUGAAGCUGACUCUGUUUGUGGCAGUCACUCUUUCGCAAUUCCCAUAGUUCUUGUAUUGCCUUACCUUUUUCGUCUGUUUCAAUGUCUUCGGCAAUACAAGGAUACUAGAGAUAGGACUACCCUGUUCAAUGCUUUAAAAUAUUCAACAGCAGUACCAGUGAUAUUUCUCUCAGCCCUUAAGUAUCACGUCUUCCCUGACAACUGGAUUAACCUUUAUAGGCCUUUGUGGCUUCUCUCCGCCGUUGUGAACUGUCUCUAUUCAUUUUAUUGGGAUCUGACAAGAGAUUGGGACUUAAGUUGUUUCACUCGGGUUUUCAAGUUCAGCAGACCACAUAUGUUAUCACACGUGUUGUACGGACGCAAAUGGGUGUACUUUUGGGUGAUCGGAAGCAACCUAAUAUUGCGAUGCACAUGGACAUACAAGCUGUCUGCCCAUCUCCGACACAAUUACCUCACAGUGUUCGCGAUAACUGCUCUAGAGAUCUUCCGUCGUUUCCAGUGGGCUUUCUUCCGUGUAGAAAAUGAGUGGAAUAAGAUAGCCACCAAAUCAAAUAGUCAAUUCUCCAUGGGUGAUGUCCCCAACGAAGAAGAAGAAUUACUCAACUCCACUGGUCACAAUGUAUAGUCUGCCCAACAUUGUACAUCCCGCCACCAUCAUAUGGAUCCAUUUUAACAAAUUUGCAAAUAGGAAUUUCUUCUCAAUAGUAUAGGAUGCCAUAUAAGGUUAAGAAGGGUAAAUAGCUAACAUAAAGAUAUAUACAAAAUUAGGCAGAAUAACUGUUCACACAGCUAAACAUGACACGUUUUAUUUAGUGCGUGCCUCAAUUAUUC